UUGAACUUAACCCAUUCCUAUUAGUUCUCUAAAAACAGUUCCUAUGUGUGCGUUGAGCAAAAAUACCAAUGCACCUUUUAGCAAACUUGAAGGGGCAAUGCUGUCUCCAAACACCAUGCGCUGGAAUAAACCACAAGAAAGAAGAAAGUUGGCUGUUUCGGUUUCCUAACGUUUUUUAGAUCCUGGCCAUGGACCAAGAGGAAGACCUGGAUCUUGAUGCCACACUAAGCCCCCCGCUCAGCCAGAACACGUUCUGGUCUUGGUGGAACGGCAUGGAGAAUGAAAGCUCGAUGUCUAGAGUUCUGGAUAUGGACCUGGCAGACCCCAUGGGCCCCCUGGACUUCCAAGAGGCAGGGACCAGUCCCCGGACAGGAGGAGGAGGAGGAGGCGGAUAUAACUGCCCCGUGCCGGUGUCAGCGGUCUCCGUCACUGCGUCUAUUGUCCCUUCCACCGAAGAUUACAUUGGCGACCACGGUUUUGAGCUGGCUUUUGAGCAGUCGGGGACCGCCAAGUCCGUCACCUGCACCUACUCGCCGGAACUGAACAAGCUGUUCUGCCAGCUUGCUAAAACGUGUCCAGUCCAUAUCAAAGUGACCAGCCUCCCACCCCACGGCUCCAUCAUCCGUGCCAUGGCUGUCUACAAGAAGUCCGAGCACGUGGCCGAGGUGGUGAAACGCUGCCCUCACCACGAGCGAUCCCAAGAGUACAACGAUGGCACUGCUCCCGCUGAGCACCUGAUCCGGGUGGAAGCCAACCAGCAAGCCCACUACAUCUCUGAUCAGAACACCAGGCGCCACAGCGUCACUGUGCCUUACGAGAAACCACAGGUGGGGACUGACAACACCACCAUCCUGUACAACUUCAUGUGCAAUAGUUCAUGCAUGGGAGGCAUGAACCGGCGCGCCAUCUUGACUAUCAUCACCUUGGAGACCCCUCAAGGUGAGCUGCUUGGACGGCGUUGCUUUGAGGUCCGGGUUUGCGCCUGCCCUGGACGGGACCGGAGGACAGAAGAGGAGAAUGUCCGGAAAACUACUGCGCCACGUGGAAAAUCCAAGAAGGCUGUCCCACAGAAGAACUGUUCUGAAAACUCGAAGAAAUCUUCUGGGGAAGUUGGCAACAACGAUGCCGAUAGCGGACCGUACACUCUCCAGAUCCGCAAAUGGAAACACUACCUGAUCUUAAAGAAAAUCCUGGAAGCCUUUGAAUUUCAAGAAAUGAAGCAGCCUGCAGAACCAGAACAGCAGGGGGAGCCAGAGAGCCGUGUGUCCCGGAAAGACUUGCCAAAGGCUCAGAAACGCGGUGCUGCCCCAUGUUCGUUCUGCGCCAAGAGACUCAAGAUGAAGGACGAGGCCCAGGAUUCUGACUAGUGUUUCCCAGCCACCCAUCCCUCCUCGGCCACUUGAGCCUUUUUCUUCCUUCCUUCUUUUUAAAACCUUUUUUUUAAAAAAAAAACAAAAAAAAUUAGAGCAGGGGGUCCCCAAAAUAAUGGUUUAAGACAAAUUGACUGCUGAUCACAACUCAUUUAUGGUCUCCAGUAUCGCUGGAUUUUGAGGCUACAUCUGCACUGCAGAAUUAAUUCAGUUUGACACCCUUUUAACCACCAUGGCUCCAUCCCAUAGAAUCCUGGGAUCUGCGGUAUAUUCUGGCAGCAGAGUAUCCUUCACAGAGGAGGCUAAAUAUCUCACCAAACUGCAAUUCUCAGGAUUCCAUAGCAGUGAGCCACGGCAGUUAAAGAAGUGUCGGACUGCAUUAAUCCUGCAGUGUAGAUGCAGCCUCCGUUGCUGGAAAGGAUCAGGCUCAUCCUCAUAUCCUGCUUGGAGCUUCACUGAACGGGGUGCAGGGGGCAUACGGAAAUGGCGGACCACCAUAGGGAGUUGGGAAGUUGGCCUAGAAUAGACCUUUUUGGUCUGAUCCAACGUAGCUGCCCUUGAUGUUUCCUUCUUCCUCUGCCAAAACAAAGGGAGGAUUCGAACACAGUGCAGUUGGGCUAUUUUCCUGCUGUGCGAAUGGUUCGGGGUGGUGGGGUUGGACCUUUGUGGCCUCCAAGGCUUCCCUGGUAGCUGCUGUUGGGUGGGGUGAUGCUAUCUUUCCUAAACUGCCCCCCAUCUCAUUAGGGAAGCUGUCAAACAUAUUUGGAGGAGGCCAUCCUGGUAUAUUGGGGAAGGAAUUGCAGGUAGGCUGGCUUGCUGUUUCCCCAAACCUCAUUCUGUCCCUUUUGGAUCGGGUCCAGCCCCUGAUUUCCGCCAGUCACCCAUAAGACGGUUCCAGGAAGCUUUGCAAGCAGGAUAUGGAGGCAGUAGGAUUUUCUGGUAUACUGCCUUGGAACAUGGAGGCUACAUUAUGCUUCAUGGCAGUGAAUCACCUUGGUUGAUCCCCAACUAGAAUAGACACCAUAAAACCAGUUAGUUCAUGGUGACUCAGGACAAUAGUACAUGUCAUGAAUUUCAAGGGGUCUACUUGAGUGGGGACUAACUAACAGUAAGGUGCAAGGUGAUGAAAUAGUUGAGGGGUUCUUCCAGGGCUGGUCCCCAGGGAGAGCUCUUCUUCCUCCAUCACCAUUUUGAUGUUUCCCUCCCUGCGGAAAAAAUACAUUUCUUUUUAAAAAUACGUUUGUAGCGUUUCACAACAAACCUGUUUCGAUAGGAAUUGCUCCCCUCUCCUCUCGCAGCGAGAGUUGCUUUUAGUUUAGGUCAGCCUCCCUUCUUUUUCACUGCCAGCUUAGUUGCUCACUUAUUAAAAUAAGCUUCCCUUCCCUUUUCCAACUUUUUUAUGUUUUGUAGCAAUCCUUUUUUUAUACUGAAUAAAGUUCGUUUCCUCUCCCCA